AUGUCUGGAGGCGGCAAUGUAGGAAACGUGAAGGCGAAGUCAAAGGCCCGCUCCAGCCGUGCUGGCCUGCAGUUCCCCGUGGGCAGGAUCCACCGUCUCCUGAGGAAGGGCAACUAUGCCUUAGCGCGUGGGCGCUGGCGCCCCGUGUACCUGGCGGCCGUCAUGGAGUACCUGGCCGCCGAGGUGCCUGAGCUGGCCGGCAACGCAGCCCGCGACAAGAAGACCCGCAUCAUUCCCCGCAACCUGAAGCUGGCCUUACGCAACUACGAUGAGCUCAAAAAGAUACUAUCCUGCUUAAACAUUUCCCAGUGA